AUGAUGCAGAAAAAGGGGUUCGGCGAUGCUCAAAUCAUUCAGAUUAUUGAGAAGAUCAUCGAGAUUUUGACGCCAUUGUCGGCGACUAUCGAAAUUUUGUCGCCGGUUGUCGUUUUUGGCGACAUUCAUGGACAAUUGGCUGACAUGUUAAGAUUUGUCAAUAUUGUCGGAAGACCUCCACAUUUUCAAUUUUUGUUCCUCGGGGAUUAUGUUGAUCGCGCUGAAAGAUCGCUAGAGGUGAUCAUGUGGCUAUUUUGCAUGAAAAUUCUGCACCCAAAAAAGGUGCACUUGCUACGUGGCAACCACGAGAUUCGACGAAUCAAUGCGGUUUAUGGGUUUCGAGAGGAAAUGCGAAGAAAACGACCAAACGCCAUUUGGAAAUUCAUGAAUGAUGCAUUUUGCCAAUUGCCAAUUUGCGCCAUCAUUUCCCGACGAAUUCUAUGCAUGCAUGGCGGAUUGUCGGAAAAUAUCAAAGAUAUUGGCACUCUAAGGGAGCUGAAGAAGCCCGUCCAACACAAAUGCUGCGAGGAAAGCAUUGUGGUGGAUUUGCUAUGGGCGGAUCCGAGUGUGGAGAGCGAUGAAGUGAAAUUCAAUUCGGCUCGCGGGAUUUCGUGCACAUUCGGCGAGAAGCUGGUGAAUCAGAUUUGCUCAAAUUUGGGCAUUGAUAUGAUCAUUCGCGGGCACGAGCUCGAGAAUAAUGGCCAUCGAUUUCUAUUCAACAAUCGACUUUUGACCGUCUUCUCGGCGCCCAAUUACAGCGGAUUGUUUUCGAAUAAGGGCUCGGUGUUGAAAAUCUCGCGAAGCUUGAAAAUCCAAGUGGUGACGCUGGUGCCGGAAAAGAGUGUUGAAUCGCUCAACCUUGACACACUUCAUAGAAUGCAAGCGAUUAAUGAGUUCGAUCCGAGGAAGCCGGCGGCGAAUCCUUCUUGCCGAUCGCAUCGAUCGCACACCUCGUCGGGCUUCAUCGCGAUCGACUCGAUGUACGCGCACGACACCAAAAAUUGUCGCAUCGUUGAGACGAGACGCGCGAGUUCGCUGACAAGUGUGACACCAAUUUGUCGGACGCCGCCAAGAGCGAGCACGUCGAGAGAAAGUUUGUCGAAUUUGGAGAUGAGCUCGAAGCCGAUUUCAGCCGAUGACAACAUGUCGUUGGCUUCAAUUAAACGCGUGUUGACGAAAGCUGAAGCUGAGGACUUGAUGUCGCCAAAGGCGCCAACACCAACACCACAAUUGGUGAAGAACGAGGAAACGAAAAACACGUUGUGA